AUGGAAGGGGAGGGGACGGGCAGGGACCUGCAAAAGCCAGAAACAACAAUUUCGAAGUUGCAACCAUUUUGCCGAGCGAAGGACAAACAAAGGUCAUCGACACGUGCAUCCGUCCAGUCUUCUACACCUUCUUGGAGGACUACAAAGGGCUGUGACUACAUCGGAGCCCGUGCAACUAGACUUCCUCACGCCGGUCUACGUUUCAAGCAACAUCCCGAAGGAGCCUCACGCCUACGUGGAAGACAGCCAGCAUCGCCUAUUGGAACUGCUUUCCUUUUGUUGCUUCCUGCCUUUCUCAAGCCGCUUACUUCGCUACCGUCACCAAGCUUCCUGGACUGCAACGCCAAUCGACUCAGCAGGUUUCAGCACUUAGAGCAAAUAAGGCAACACUUCUGGAAACGUUGGACUAACGAAUACAUUGCGGAACUACAACAACGUUCGAAGUGGCGCGCUGAAUCAAGACAUUUGAAGAUCGACGAUCUUGUCCUUGUAAAGGAGGACAAUGCACCUCCAUUAUGUUGGCGCCUCGGUCGAGUCAACAAGUUGUAUCCUGGUCCUGAUGAUGUCCCUCGUGUCGCUGACGUCGUCACUUCUCAAGGGACCGUGCGAAGGGCACUCAACAGACUAUGCUUUCUACCCUCCUCGGAAGAAGACCUGUCUUGAAGGCUAUCGCCUUCAAGGCCCCGGAGGAUGUCUGCGCCAAACUUGACACCUAGCCGAGCGGCGCGGGGGCGACGUCACUCAACUUCAAGCACUCACUCUUUCAUUCAUUCAUUCUCGCAAUUCUCGCACUCAAGCGCACACAUGUCGCACUAAUGUACUUCUUCUAAU